AUGCGAUCGGCGCGCACUGCCAGGCCGAAUACUGCCGCCAACUCACAUUCCUCCCCUUCAAAUGUGAAUCUUGCAAAGGGUGUCUCCUACUGCGCUAACCACCGAACCGAAACGGCCCACGCAUGUCCCAAAGCUGGCGAAUGGGCUCGCAGAAAAGCACAGGCGAAUCAAGGACCUGAAUCACGACUUCCCUUCGCCCCAAAGCCCAACAUCCUCACCCACGAACAGCAAUGCUCCGAUCCCGCCUGCAAAACCCUCAUCAACACCCCGCUGGUGACGGGCGUGCACUGCGAGAAAUGUCGCCGGGAAUACUGUCUCAAACACCGCUUCACCUAUGACCACAACUGCGUGAAUCUCACUCCCUUGGGAGGAGGAGGAGGAGGAGGUGGAACAUCUCUAGCGGGACUACAAACCUCAAAGGAAAAAGGCCUGGCAGCUCUGGAUCGACUCCGAGCCUGGGGCGCCUCCAAAAAAUCCACCAUCGCCAACUCCACCCCACAAGGUAAAUCCAAGCAAAGCGCCGCCCAAACCCUCGCAGCGACAACCGCACUUAAAAAUACCGCCAAGGGCGACGACAAAAUCCCUCGAGAUCAGCGUAUAUACCUACAUGUGGAAGCUUCGUCAGAAACUCUCACGGCAAAGAUCCCGAGGGGUAAAUUCUUCUAUGGAGCCGAGUGGAGUGUGGGACGGAUGUUGGAUGCCGCGGCCAAGGCGCUGCAGGUCAGUAAUGUGAAUAACCGGAGUGAGAGCGAGGAGGAUAAGUUGAGGGUGUUCCAUGUGGAAGGAGGGAGACUGUUGGAUUUUGGGGAGAAGGUUGGAGGGAGUUUGAAGACGGGGAAUACGAUUGUUUUGUUGAGAGGCGUGGGUCCUGGACUGGCGCCUACGCCUGAACGGGUCUCGUAG